CGCGUCCCGUCCCACCGUGGAUCCCCUCCUCUGGGACUGCUCCCAGUCGCCACGAUGCCUGCGGAAAAGAAGGCAGUUCAAAGCCCACAUCUGCAGCGAGGGUUAGCCUGGUGAUGCGAAGCCGGUUCUGCUCGCCUUCGCACUUCGAGCACAAUUUGGUGUGACUGGGGAACAGGAGAAAGCUGAUGUGACCGAUGCCUUCACUGGCAGACUGGCCUCGCGCUGGCACGGGAGCAGGUUUUACAGAAUCUCUGACGGACCACUGAGAACGGGCUUCAGUGCGUAGGGACCUCCCGUGCAGGAUUGCAUCAGCAUUCCAGCCCCAAAGCCAGUAGCGAUGAGAAUGAGGAGCAAAUAUGCAAUUAUCCUAUUUUUUGUUGUUGCUCUUGUGAUCAUUGAGAAAGAAAACAACAUAAUUUCAAGGGUGUCUGACAAGUUUACACUGAAAUUCCCACACGUGGAAUUUGUGGGACCAAACAACACAAUUUCUGCCAGAGCCUUGACUGAGAAUAACUCCCUCCUCGCUGGCUCGAACGCUGCCCUCUGGCAGCUGCUGAAAGCACGGAGAAACUGCUCGUCAUCGCAAGCAGUGCCGAGAAGGGAAGACAGGAGGGAGCUGACGGACAGGAAGCACUUGCUGUUGAUGGCAACAACCAGGACGGGCUCUUCCUUUGUGGGUGAAUUCUUCAACCAGAACAGCAAUAUAUUCUACCUGUUUGAACCGCUGUGGCAUGUGGAGAAGACAGUCACUUUUGAACCAGGUGGAAUGAAUGGUGUGGCCUCUUCCAUCAUCUAUCGUGACGUGGUGCAGCAGCUGAUGCUCUGCGAUUUGUAUGCGUUGGAAAGCUUCCUGUUACCGAUGCCUGACCGCCACAUCACGGGCUUCCUGUUCCGGCGAGGCUCGAGCAAGUCGUUGUGUGAGGGAGCGGUCUGCACGCCGGCCAAAAAAGGGGGGACGGAGAGAUUUCCCUGUCGGUUGCGUCAUUGCGGGCUCCUCAACAUGACCCUGGCCACUCAGGCGUGUCUUCAGAAGCAGCACGUGGCCAUGAAGACCGUCCGCCUGAGGCAGCUGGAGUUCCUCCGGCCACUGGUGGAGGACCUGAGGAUCAACCUUAAGAUCAUUCAGCUGGUGCGGGACCCCAGGGCGGUGCUGGCUUCCCGGAUGGUGGCCUUCCCCAGUAAGUAUGAAGCGUGGAAGAAAUGGGCCAACGAAGGAGAAGUGCCGGAUGACGAAGAGGUCGGUAAGCUCCGAGGGAACUGUGAAAACCUCCGAGCCUCUGCGCAGCUUGGUAUCAGCCAACCGCCCUGGCUCAAGGAUCGCUUCAUGCUGAUGCGUUACGAGGACAUUGCGCUAGAGCCCGUGAAGAGGGCACAGGAGAUGUACCGCUUUGCUGGCAUUCCCAUCACACCCGAGGUCAAAAAGUGGAUUUACGAAAACACCCGAGCUUCGAAGGCCAGUGACAAUGUCUACUCAACGCACAAAAACUCUUCGGAGCAGUUCGAGAAGUGGCGGCUUGGUCUGCCGUUCAAGAUUGCCAGGGUGGUCCAACAAGUGUGUGAGCCUGCAAUGAAGUUGUUUGGCUACAAGCUGGUCAAAGACGCGGCAACGCUUGCCAACAGAUCUGCCAGCCUGCUCGAAAACAGAAACUUCCGAAUAACCUAACUGAGGAAGAAGCUGAAAUUGUCUUCAAGUAGCUGAAGGAAUACAGUUUGUUGUCAGAGAUAAAAUUUGAAGCUUCUUGGACCUUCUUCAAAAGUGCCGAGCAAAUUCAACAUCUCCUGGACGGAUGUGCAAUGGCCUCACUAGGCAUCACAAGGACAAAACAGUUGCCUGAAGUACAGCUGAUAAUGGAAACAUGUGUAUUAAGCACACACAUGAGGGAUUUAUUUAUUAAGGGAAAGAUUAUUUUUAUGACUUGAUUUUAUAAAGAUUUAGCAUGGUGUUGAGGCUAGAUGGGGAGACAGGGUUACAAAGGAUCUUAAUCCUAUUUGUACUGAAUUUAGACAAUAGGGUAAAAAUAUCAAAUUAUAGAGGGUGUGAAUUUAUUUUUGAUCUUAAAUUAUAGAAAUUCUUUUCAUAGAAUUUCAAGGCUUAUUUUUCUCCCAAUUUUAGAGAGAUCUUUAGGACAAAUAUUAUAUUUUUGACUAGAUAUUGGGCCUAAAUUUGAGACUAAAUUUGAAGGGGGAAUGGAUGGGCUGGCUAGAUAUCUGCUCAAAGUUUUAGAGGUGCAUUUUAGACAUUUGACGCAAAACAAAUUUUUUGUUAGUGGGCAUAUGAGAUUUGAUUCCUUCUUUGUUUCCAACUCUUGAAUAACUUCUCCUCGUAGAUCUUUUGUUCAAAUCCAGAUGAUAUUGUAAUCUAUGCAGAGGAACUAACAUUGGUCCAAGAAUGAAUUUCUGCACAGUCAUAUUGACAAAAUUUUUUUUGGUUAAAUGCAGUCCCUGCUCAUUCUCAAGAUUUCAGUUAGGUUUAUAGUGGAAAAAUGCAGCUAACUAUACCCCAUGGGUCAUUGCAAGUGCGUGAAGACCCACACAAGGCAAGACAUUACAAUAAAUAGACAUCACCUACAACUUGCCAACCCCAAUCUUAAUUGUUGCUGGAAUAACUGAUCCCUCUCUCUUGAGGCACUGCCAGAGAUACAGUCUCUGAAAUUCCUUUAGACGAUGUUAAUAAAUGGGGAUAAACUUUACCCAUCUGGAACCUGGAUCAGGAAUAAAGCUGAUUUCACACUCUGCCUGAUUGCUGCCUCAUUGAUAUGCAAAACCAUCAUUGCGCCCAAUCCCAUGGUUUCCCUCCCAGGGUCAGGCUAGUAUUGCCCCCCCCCCCCCCCAAGAAAGAGUAGUCAGGUGAGGAGUUCUACAUUUGCAAGUGGAUAUAAGAGCCCCGACCAAAAUGUCCCUGUUCCCUUUGCUAGUUUAGCAGGGUGUGGCUAUUUUGUAGAGUGUGCACAGGCAAUAGUUACCAUGAACUGGUGGUGUCUGUGCAUCAUGGGUGAAUCCAUUGGAUCAUACAGAGGUGGGGUCUGGAAGAGUGUUGGGGGCUAUUUGGAUAGCAUUUAUCUGCCUGGUUAUUUGGGCAAGUAAUGGUCCUGCUGGGGUUCAUUUAGAUUCAGAACUUGCGGGAACUCUUGCAUUCUGGCCCCAAUUUAGUGAGCAGAAAUAAAUCAGUCACAAAAGCACUGCAUUAACCAGCUCAUUUGCCUGAUUCUUCUUUUUGUGGCCCUGUUUGGCAUCCGAAAAAAAAACAAGAGAAUCGUGCCAUUGUAUUUUAACUGGCCAGUGCUAUGUACUUCAGUUGACAGUGCACAGCACUGCCACAUUGCAUGUCUGCAAUAGAGCGUCAUCUGGACUGAUGGCUGGGCUUUGAGCAGUCAGAUUUUCAGCCUUGGGAGCAGCAUCAAAGAUUGGCAGAACCUGUGGGAGAGCAACAGGGUGGUCUUGGGGUAAGAAAGUCAUAUGAUAGAGACCUUUGUAUUCGUUCUUGGACCAGUCAAGUAGUGAAGAUGGAAAGAAGCAUUUUAGUUGCACAGGGCUUUGUCUAUUUAAAAGCUGUGUUUGUUAUUUAGUUCUCAAAUGGUAGCUAUUUUAUCCUUCACCUAUCCGUAGUCUUGUCACAGCACUUUAUGUGAGUGCUUCUAAGUUGUGUUCUUAUCAUGCUUUUAUUUGACUUUGGAGAGUCUCUAUCUGUGAUCUCUGAUCUGCUGAAGAUUCCUGAGCCAGGCUGAAGCUGUGUAGCGCCAGGCCAAGGAGAGCUCAAAUACUCUAUCAUGUCCUCUUUACUUUGUUUUGCUGCUCAAAGAAUAAUCUGGUUGGCUGUGCAAGUGCAUCUUCAGGCAACGUGAAGGAACUUGUCAGCUCGCUGAAUCUCUUGGCUAUUCUGUUUGGCAAAUGGGUCAAACCAUCCUAGAAAUCACAGCAUCACAGGUUCGAACAGGAGUCUUCACUGUUAAUUGUACAAAUCAGAUCCAUGCUUGCUGUGAUAACACACCUAUUUUACCUCAUGUUUGCCUGAUGUCUGAUUUCUUCACGGAAUAUCGGGGAGUUGCUCUGCAGCUGGCUUGCAGAGAAUUGGUCAUUGAGUACACAAAUUAUUGAUGUAGGUGUGUGAGGUCAGUGUUUGUCUCUGACAUUUGUGUUUCAUUUUACUGUACCCAUGGUUGGGAAUAUCUCUGUAAGAUGGCUGACAUGUCAUUAAACGCUGGU